CAUGCGCAGUAAGUAUAAUCAGCAGAAGAAAAUCGGAAGUUCUUUCAAGCUUUCAAAGCGGCGCGUCUAGUGUCAGGAAGACACAUUUUAGCCAAAAUGUUGAGUAAAGUGAUCGGUCAGAAGUAUAUCUCCAUCGCCAAGUUGUGGAUCCCAACCUUGGCUGUUUGGGGCACAGCUGGAGGCGUAGCUCUGGUCCAUUUCACAGAUUGGCGAUUGAUUUUGGAUUAUGUCCCUUACGUCAGCGGCAAAUUCAAGAAGGACGAGUAGUGGCACUCGGGUCGGUGCUGUUUUUUUAUAAAGAACAAGAGCUGCUGCAGCCGGUACCUCACACUGUCGUCCACCUGAAUGCCAGGCAGGUGGAAGCUUGUCAUCUUCACCCUACAGCUCAAGCAAGCAUUGAACUGUUCACUACCAACAUCCACCUGAAAUGCAGCAGGGUUCGGCAUUUCAACUUUCCUCCACCAGUGAAACCGCAAAUGGAAGGAAGAUGAAAACAGAGAUGAUGAAUGGACUUUUGUUUUCUUUUCCUACUUAGUUCGGGAUCAGGUAUUUAUUUUAACCAUCAGUUUUCUGUGUGUGUGGAUCAAACUUGAUUCAAAAUAAAAAUCUGUCCUUUGUCUCAUGAUGUAAUUGUUUUGAGGAGAGGAAGAAGAAGUAAAGUAUGUGAGAUUUAUCCUA